GGCAUCUCGUCUCUAUCUGUCAACAGUAAUGUUAUUUAUUGACUUGUUUAUUAUAUUUUUUAUAAUUUGCUGGGACUAAGAAACGAUGCCUGGGUGUUGUUUAUGUGGAAAUAACUUUAAAAUAGGGUUCAAAAUUUUCGAAGUACGCUUUGGACAACCACCUGUAGUAAUUCACGAUGUUGUAAUUGAAUGCAUUGGUCCAAGUUAUAAAGUAAAAGAAAAUAAAAAAAUUUGUAAAAAAUGCUACGGAAAAAUUCAAAAAUAUUACAAAGCCAAAAUAGAAAUGCAAAGCAUUCAAAUGGAACUGAUAGAUUUAUACAAAAACGUCGAAACCCAAAAGGAUUAUGAUUCAGAUGAAACCGACAACGACAUAGAAAAUGAUAUUCAAUCAUAUGUAGAAGUCAAAAUGGAUGAAAACUGUAGCAAUUUUAAUAAUUUUUCUCAAGUUAUGAAAAACGAAAUAAUUGAUGAAAAAUAUAAUGAUUUUGAAGCAGAUCUUAAUCAAUUUGAUAACAAAUCGGAAAGUGAAUGUGUUGAUAGAUUGGACAUUGGCAAUCCAAAAGAAAUGGAAACUAAAGAAAAGAAAAGUAUAAAUGAAAGUCUGAAUAAUAAGAAACCCACUCAUAAACCGGCAAAGAAAUUCGGUUCUGUUUGUGAUCAGUGUGGGAAAUCUUUUCAUUCAUACACUGGUUUUAUUUAUCAUCGUCGAACACAUGAUCCAAUAAAACAUUUUAAGUGUAAAAUUUGCGGUGAAAGCUAUCGCGACAAAUAUCAUCUCAAAUUGCAUAUGGCUUAUCACACCGGUGAAACCCCAUUUGAGUGCGAGAUAUGUAGUAAACGAUUUGUACACAAAAUUGCUUUAAACAAACACAAACAGACACAUGAUGAGCGACACCGGCGAUUUGAAUGUGAACAAUGUGGACUUAAACUACGCUCUAGGUAUCAUUUAGUCAGGCACAUGAUUACGCAUACGGGAGCGAAACCUUUUCCUUGUCCAGUGUGUGAGAAAUCCUUCACUACAAAUUACGGUAUGAAACUACAUCUAGAGGAACAUAAAAAUCCAGGCAGCACUAGACAGCAAAGAUAUCGAUGUAAAAAAUGUCCACGAACUUUUACAAAUAUAAAAAAUUAUGAAAAACAUUGUGAGCAAAACGAUUGCAUUCAAGUAACAAACGAUAAUACAAAUGAACAGUGUUACGAAAAUCAAGUGACGAAUAAAAGUUUCAGUACCUGUUACAAUUCUAAAAACCAAACUAAAACGAUGCCUGGGUGUUGUUUAUGUGGAAAUGACUUUAAAAUAGGGUUCAAAAUUUUCGAAGUACGCUUUGGACAACCACCUGUAGUAAUUUAUGAUAUAGUAAUUGAAUGCAUUGGUCCAAGUUAUAAAGUAAAAGAAAAUAAAAAAAUUUGUAAAAAAUGCUACGGAAAAAUUCAAAAAUAUUACAAAGCCAAAAUAGAAAUGCAAAGCAUUCAAAUGGAACUGAUAGAUUUAUACAAAAACGUCGAAACCCAAAAGGAUUAUGAUUCAGAUGAAACCGACAACGACAUAGAAAAUGAUAUUCAAUCCUCUGUAGAAGUCAAAAUUGAUGAAAACUGUAGCAUCUUUAAUAAUUUUUCUCAAGUUAUAAAAAAAGAAAUAAUUGAUGAAAAAUAUAAUGAUUUUGAAGCAGAACUUGAUCAAUGUGAUAAAAAGUCGGAAAGUGAAUGUAUUGGUAGAUUGGACAUUAGCAAUCCAAAAGAAAUGGAAACUAAAGAAAAGAAAAGUAUAAAUGAAAGUCUGAAUAAUAAGAAACCCACUCAUAAACCGGCAAAGAAAUUCGGUUCUGUUUGUGAUCAGUGUGGGAAAUCUUUUCAUUCAUACACUGGUUUUAUUUAUCAUCGUCGAACACAUGAUCCAAUAAAACAUUUUAAGUGUAAAAUUUGCGGUGAAAGCUACCGCGCCAAAUAUCAUCUCAAAUUGCAUAUGGCUUAUCACACCGGUGAAACCCCAUUUGAGUGCGAGAUAUGUAGUAAACGAUUUGUACACAAAAUUGCUUUAAACAAACACAAACAGACACAUGAUGAACAACACCGGCGAUUUGAAUGUGAACAAUGUGGACUUAAGCUACGCUCAAAGUCUCAUUUGCGUAGGCACAUGAUUACGCAUACGGGAGCGAAACCUUUUCCUUGUCCAGUGUGUGAGAAAUCCUUUACCACAAAUUACGGUAUGAAACUACAUCUAGAGGAACAUAAAAAUCCAGGCAGCACUAGACAACAAAGAUAUCGAUGUAAAAAAUGUCCACGAACUUUUACAAAUAUAAAAAAUUAUGAGAAACAUUGCAAGCUAACUGAAUGUGUUCUUAAGAAAAGUGAUAAUAAAUAAGUAUAUAUAAAAAAAA